GACCCCUACUCACUCUCUCUCUCUCUCUCUCUCUCUCUCUCUCUCUCUCUCUCUCUCUCUAUUUUGCUUUUGAUGAUGGAUUAGGUAGAGGGAAACAGUGGUUGUCGUAGUUUAUACGGUAAUAUAUAUUUUGUAAGUAAUGUUCUUCUUUGGCUUCUCACCUACUCCUCGAGAGAGAGAGAGAGAGAGAGAGAGAGAGCACGAGAGUUUAGAGAGAGAGCGGCACCACACUCCUCCCCCCAUUAACUCAAUCCCAUACCCUAGCUAGUUCUCCACAGCCUCCCCACCAGAUUCGCCGACUUCGCUCUCCCAGCCGGGUUCGAUCAACUGCGGCUGAUUCUGGUUGAAACGCUUAGCGCAAUUCCAUUUGGAUUGGUAACCGUUUCGGUGCUGUUUAUUGUUUUUUUUGUCGAAAUGUCGGUUUCGCUGUCGACGUUUGAGCGCCCGAGGCUCGGGACUUCAAACACGGUUUUCAAGAGCGGGCCACUUUUCAUAUCUUCAAAAGGGUUAGGUUGGACAUCUUGGAAGAAGCGUUGGUUUAUCCUUACACGAACUUCAUUGGUUUUUCUUAAAAAUGACCCCCAGAGUGCACUUCCCCAGAAAGGCGGUGAAGUAAAUCUAACUUUGGGGGGUAUUGACUUGAACAAUUCAGGGAGUGUUGUUGUUAGAGAAGAUAAAAAGCUUUUAACUGUACUCUUUCCUGAUGGACGAGAUGGACGGGCAUUUACCCUUAAGGCGGAGACAUCAGAGGACUUGUAUGAAUGGAAAACUGCCCUAGAGCAUGCUCUUGAAGAAGCACCAAGUGCUGCCCUUGUGAUGGGACACAAUGGAAUUUUCCGCAAUGACGCUGAUGAUACAAUUGAAGGGUCUUUCCACCAAUGGAGGGAUAAACGUCCUGUGAAGUCAAUGGUGGUUGGGCGACCAAUUUUGCUAGCACUAGAAGACAUAGAGGGAGGCCCAUCCUUCCUUGAGAAAGCUCUCCGAUUUCUUGAGAAGUAUGGAGUUAAAGUAGAGGGAAUUUUGAGACAGUGUGCAGAUGUUGAGGAGGUAGACCGCAGAGUUCAAGAGUAUGAACAAGGCAAGAAUGAAUUCGAUCCUGAUGAAGAUGCUCAUGUUGUUGGGGAUUGUGUUAAGCAUGUUCUACGGGAGCUACCCUCCUCUCCAGUUCCUGCAUCCUGCUGCACUGCAUUACUGGAGGCAUAUAAAAUGGAUCGGAAGGAAGUUGGUGUGAAUUCCAUGCGUUCUGUGAUAUUGGAGACAUUUCCUGAACCAAACAGGCGGUUAUUACAGAGAAUUCUGAAGAUGAUGCACACCAUAUCUGAACACGCAUCUGAGAAUAGAAUGACUCCAUCUGCUGUUGCUGCUUGCAUGGCGCCAUUGCUCUUACGCCCUCUUUUAGCUGGUGAAUGCGAGUUAGACAACGAUUUUGAUGUCAAUGAUGACAACUCUGCCCUGCUUCUUGCUGCUGCCAAUGCUGCUAAUAAUGCUCAAGCAAUAAUCACAACCCUCUUGGAGGAGUAUGAGAACAUUUUUGAUGAUGAUAAUCUGCAUAGGUGCUCUAUUUCAGCUGAUUCUCGUAGUGGGAGUGCAGAUUCAACCGAUGACGACAAUUUGGAUUUAAAGAACAAUGGUUACCACAAUGCAGAAGAGGAAGUAAUUCCACACACAGAUGAUGAUCAUGAUCGUGUACUCAGUGGGAAAUUAAGUGAAAGCAGCGGUGCUGGCAGUGAUCUUUAUGACUACAAGGCUUUUGGAGGUGACGAUUCAGAUGUUGGAUCACCCAGGAAAAAUUUCAACUCAGCUUCAAAAUCAAAUCUGCCUGUGGAUUCUCUGUCACAUAGAGAGUCUAAUAUUCAAUUAAUUGAGCAACAAGGCCAGCAGAAACAAAGAAAAAAUGAAAUGGAUGUUUCUAGAGUCCUACCCGGCAGUGAGUAUCAUCUAUCAAUGGGGGAAGUACCGUAUUCCAUGAAUCAAGCUCUACCUCAAUCUGUAGUUGGAUUAGAAUCAUGUGUUGAGAAGUCAAUGAACGAACAUAAAAGCUCCACUCUCAAUGCUAAGCAGUCAACCUUUUGGGGUAGAAGCACCGCCAGAAAGACUCCCUCAAUGGAUUCAGUAGAUUCGUCUGGCGAUGAAGAACUGGCUAUUCAAAGGCUUGAGAUCACAAAAAAUGACUUGCGACAAAGGAUUGCAAAGGAGGCUCGAGGAAAUGCAAGUUUACAGGCUAGCUUAGAGAGAAGGAAGCAAGCAUUGCAUGAGCGUCGCUUGGCACUAGAACAAGAUGUUUCGAGACUACAAGAACAGCUACAAGCUGAGAGAGAUCUUCGUGCCGCUUUGGAGGUUGGGUUGAGCAUGUCUUCUGGACAGUUCUUGAGCUCUCAUGGGAUGGAUUCAAAGACAAGGGCUGAGCUUGAGGAGAUUGCUUUUGCUGAAGCAGAUGUAGCCAGGUUGAAGCAGAAAGUUGCAGAUCUCCACCAUCAACUAAAUCAGCAACGUCAGCUGCAGUUCAGCUCUCCCUCUGAAUUGUGUGAUCACUAUCAACAUGUACAAAACCAUAAAGCUCAACAGAAAUAUUUUCAGCAAGAUUUUGAUACAACCCCUGCGUUUGUUAACCAUGAAAGGAAACACAGAACUGAGGAAAGUUUAUUUGGGGCAGAGUUGAAGAACAUUAAAGGACCAAUGAUGACUUCUGGUAUCAGUAGCAAACACCUUGCCAAGAAGCAAUUCAUAGACUCAGCAAUCUUUAGCGAUUCUAGAGGUACUGAGGCAUCCAUAAAUAUAUCCAUGGAUGAGCUUUGUGGAGUGGAUUCUUUGUCCAUGCCUUCCACUUCAAGAGUGUCAGAGGUCAAUUAUCCUAGACACCCUACAGCAGCAUCUUCCACUUUGGUAGAAUUAACAUCACGUCUCGACUUCUUCAAGGAACGACGCUCUCAGCUGAUGGAACAACUUCACAACCUUGAUUUAAACGCGAGGACGGCACAUUCACAUGAUUUUGCUUAUAAAAAUGGAACUAACCGGUAAUGAGCCAGUUGAGGUGUUGACUUUUUGCCAAUUUGUAUAUGCUUUGCAUCAUUGCCUAAAGUAUUUGUGGCCUGUAAUCCCAUUUGCACAUAUUUCCCCUUUUCAUCCUACACCUCUUUUUCCUUUCUGUAAUUGAGAAGUUGACUGGUUCUUGAUGGGAGGUUUUUUUCUCUCUUUUCCCCCCCUACGUUUUCCUAUCCUUUUUCCUUUCCAUUGAUUUGUGUCAUGGUGGUGACUGUACAGACUACUGUCGAAGGAGCUUCUGGAAAUAAUGAAUGUUUUAUUACCUUGAAAUCCAUUAAUUCUACUCUAUUCUUCCC